AACAUCAACGCAAAUCCUCUCUCCAUGGCUUUGAGAAUUCAUCUUCUUUACCCAAAUCGUUUUCCUUCACAAUUCACAAAGUCCCAAACCAAUUGGGUCCCUUCUAUGUAUACCUUCAAGAAUCAACCCAAGUUUCACAAAGUCUCGUGCACCAACAACGACGACAUGAGCGAUAUAGACCUGGCCUCAGAUUUUGCAACAGAGGUUGGAAAGAUGAACACCCAGAUGAUACAGAAAGAGGAAGCGUUGAAGAAAAGCAAAGAGCUUUUGUUCGUUGAGUUUUGCAACUACACGGGCUUGAAAUCGGAGGAAAUGAAGAAGAAAUGGAAGAAAUUCAGUGAAGAGGAACAAUGGGUUUUGAUUAAAAGUUUUGUUUUAGAAUGGGGUGCCCAUUUUCAUCCAUUAUCUGCUAGGUCUGUUAAAGAAUUAGUUGAUGAGUACUUGGUUGAAAACACUUCUGAGUUCACUUCUUCUUCUUUUUUCCCUGGUCUCAAAAAAUUGAUGGGAUUUUCAGGGGAUGAUAAUGAAUAGAUUGGAUUUCAGUUUCCCUUA